AUGAGUUGGAGUAGGCAUUUGAUGAAGCAAAUUUUUAAGAGUAAUAUCUCAAGCAAUUGUUUGUUAAAGGGUAUUAGCAGAUUUAGCAAAACUGGCAUUGUAAAGGGUACUAGAAGUUCAAUUCUUGGGUUAUUUCAAUUAUAUGAUUUUGAUGGAAAAUCCCAAAUGCCCAAACAUCCUGUACCAAUGCUGGAACCUCGUCGGUUUAAGCAUAGCCUUGUUCGAAAGGAGCCGGCUUUGGACCGGGAUUUUCUUGCUCGGCUUUGGGUUUUAGACAAGGAAUUGGAGAAAGCAAAGGAAAGAAAGAAUAUGGUUUACAAAAGGAUAAAGAAUUAUAGGAAUAGAAAAUAUCGUGGUUUAAGAACUCAUGUAUUUCAGCAGCCCUUUGUUAGUCGAUCUAUUAGUAGAUAUUUGGCACCUACUUCUCCUGAAGAGGUUCAAGUUUCCUCUCUUCUUGCUAGAGCAAAUUUAUUAAUUACCCGAGAUAUAGAAUGGGCAGACGUUGCGUUUGGCUUUGAGCAGGGGAUUUGUUGUCUUCAAAAUCGGUAUGCAAUAGUGGAUGUAAGCUACCCUCAGACUCUUGUUGGUUUCAUCCACGAAGAGAGUCAUUUUCUUUUGAGACAGUUUCUUCGUAAGAGACGUCCCUUUGUUGCAUACAUAACUGAUGCAUUAGGCACUGAGCUAUUCAGGAUUUGUAGGCUCUUUUGGUGGAUUACGAGCUCAAUAUAUGCUGAGGUUAACGGAAAGGAGAUUGGUGUUGUACACCAACGAUGGCAUCCGUGGAAGAGAAUCUACGAUCUAUAUUUGGGGAACAAGCAGUUUGCUGUGGUUGAAAAUCCUGGUUUUUGGAAUUGGACAUAUACAAUAAAAGAUUUUGAUGGUAAUGUGCUCGCUGACAUAAAUCGUAAUUGGAGAGGUUUCGGUUUUGAGCUGCUCACAGAUGCUGGACAAUAUGUAAUUAGAUUUGAGAGUUCUGAUCCUGCAUUGAAAACCGGCCUUGCAGAAGAGGUUGAGGAUUUAAAAAUUGCGCGCCCACUGACCCUUUCAGAGAGAGCAGUGGUGUUAGCUCUUGCUGUGUCACUGGAUAAUGAUUUCUUCUCCCAAAAUGGUGGCAGCGGGAGCUGGAUCCUAUAUCGGCUACUUGAUAUCAUUAUAGAAGACUAG